AUGAUUGAUGAAUACCGUGGAAACUCGCAAAAGAGGAAGAAGGCAAAGGAGAAGAAGAAAAAGAACGACGAAGAAAUUAAGGGGGUCAAGGAAGUCGAUGACGGAAUUAACUAUUCACUGAUAAAUGACUACCACGAUAGUAACUUCAAAAAAAAUUUUUACAUUAAGAGCAUACGGACGGAUGGCAACUGCCUGUUUAGGGCUGUGUCGGAUCAGCUGUACAACAACGAGGAUAACUACAAGGAGAUAAGGAGGCUAGUGGUGGAUCAUCUCCUAAGGAACGAGCAAAAGUAUCAACACUUCAUCGAGUAUGAUGAAAGUUACAAGUCCUACAUAGACAGAAUAAGUUUGGAUGGGACAUGGGGUGGUCAGCUCGAGCUUCAAGCAGUGGGCGAACUUUUCAACGUGAACAUCCUGAUCUACCAAGAAAACGAGUGCAUCCUGGAGAUAAAAAAUCACAGCGAUGAUGAAAAGUGCAUCCAGCUUCAUUACGCUUCCAGUGAGCACUACAAUAGCGUCCGGUUUAAAAACAGGGCCCUGGAAAAUGAGCUGAAGUCAAUUGUGGAGCUCCGCGAAAUACUAAACAAUAAGGACGAUAGUGAGUCCACCAAGACGUUUUACGAAACUACGGACAACGAACUGACCGAAGACAACGAAGAAGACAUGUGUGACAAUACAGGAAACGAAAAUAAUAACGUUGGAGAGUGGAUUGACGAGAAGGAGUUCACAUUUAACAACUCAGUGGAGGAAGAGUAUCUACAGUAUGAUUGCCCUCAAGAGAACAAUCGAAAUAAUAUUUUCUCCCUGAGUGAUGAUGAAACGGAACCUUGUUCAUUGGAUAUCCUGCAGAAUAUAUAUAAUGGUAUAAAAAGGAAGGGCAUGAGGAGCAGAAGCAUGCCAACUAUUAAUGAGAAUUUCCUUUAUUUCUUCUCCAAAAAUCAUGUCAAUGAAAGUAUGGAUAGUGACAGCACCAUAGAUGUGCUGAAUGAGAGGAAAGGACUCGAUAUGAGGAAACCGAAAAAGAUCGAAAAUAGGAAGUUGAAUUUUCUGAAAUAUAACUAUAUUGGUCAGAGACCCGAUGACCUCCUCAGUGAAUACGUGCCUAGGGCGGGGACGAUGCGGACUGCUGUCACCCCUAUCAGAGGGGAGAACAAAACCAUCCGCAUUUGUUACAACAAGACGUUUCACAAGUACCUGUGCUUGUCCAAAAUGAUGGAAGUAGGGAAUAAUCAGAGGGAGGAGAAAGUGGGAGAAGGGCUCGAUCUGUUCAACGGGAACUACAUGUAUAGCAACGGGGGAGGCAAGGCAUGCAGAAGAGUGGCACAAGGGGAAGCCAUACAGGGGAAAUCUUUUGACAAAAGCGAGGUCAACAAAAGUGGGUCCCCAACGGAGGGAGAGUCGCGUAUCCCCUUGAAGCACCUGCACAGUGCAGGCAGACAGGGAUACAUUUCGAAUUUCGAAUUGGAGAACAACUUGAGCAGGACGAAGAAAAAAACGUUUGAGAAUUUUUUAAAACUUUACAGCGAAAAAAUUUCCUACAGCAGGAACUCCUUCUGCAAGAGUAUUUCCACCAACGACGUCAAGUCGAGUAAUGAGGGAGGUUCCGCAGAUGCAAUUGGUUCGACCAGUGAGCAAGCCAAUUCUGAAUGCUUAAAUUACGAAAACGCGAGAAAUUUAUCGUUGAAUAAAAUUUCCAGCAGUAAUGAAGAAAUAACGGCUGCUUCGUCUUAUUUCGAUAAGGAGGAUUCCAUGAGCUUCGAGUUUGGACCCCAUGUGUAUGACAAGAGAGUUGAAAUAAAUUAUUUGGCAACAGAGGAUGAUGAGGAGGUCAACAAAUGUAUCCUAUAUAAGAAUGGAGAGGAAGGGAAGAAAUUUUGUUACAAUUUGAUGAGCAAGUCUCAGGAAAUCUUUGACAUAAUAAUCGAUGAAGAGUAUGUCCUAAGCAUGAACAGCAGCAUGUUGUUUUCCCACAGUGGCAAUAAGCAUGUGGGUCGAGGAAAUUGUUAUAAGAAGAGAGGAGUUACCGAACAGGAGGAAAUACCACCAUCGAUGAGUAAUCGUGGAGGAGCAAAAAUAUCUUACCCGGUUGCCAGUCCUUGUGUGUUAAACUCGAGAGCGUCUUUUUCAGGUUCGAAGGCGGAAGGAAGGAGAACAACUAGCCAAAUUGACGUGAAAGUUGGGGAUGACCACGAUAGGGCAAGGGGCGGGUCCAACUGCAGGAUUAGGAGGAGGAAUCACCAAGGGAAUUGUUCUAGUGGGGAGGGAAGUGGAGACACAUCCGGAUAUUCGCAUACAGACGCAUCCUCACAGUCGCGCAUAGGCGCUACCCCCAGAGGUAGUCUGAAAUCGAGGGACCUUUUCCUGAAGAAGAAAUAUCUGAACAAAAAAUUUAUCAACAUGUUUUCGAAGGAUAUCCAUUCGAAAGGGCUCUUCCACUUUUUAAACGCCGACUUCCUACUCACUGGAGACAAAGUAAAAUAUAUAAUCCCCUUCCUGUUCAAUAGCGAACGUAUGAAUAUAUUUAAGGACAAGCUAAAUAGAAAGGAUUUUCAUUUUUCCGACUAUGUUACGUUCUCCUUUAAUCUCGACGAACAAAAGUUGAGAAAGAAAAUUGAAUGCUCUAAAGUUUUAAAUGAAGAAUUCCUCAUUAAGGAGAAGCACAAAUAUAGUAAGUUCACACGAGGGGGGAAUGGUAAGUCUGAGAACCGGGUGAAGAUCAUCUCGAUUUAG